UGUAAAUAUCCAUUUCGAUCCAACAAGACAGAAAUUUGCUAACUUGCCGAAUAUUGAAUUCGAAUUACAAAAAAAUGGAGCCAUCGAAUAUAAUAACUUAUGAAGCAACUGUUACUACCGGUUUAGAAUCAUUGGCUCGUAAAGAAAUUCGUGAAAAAAUUGCAGAUUGUUUUGACAUUAAUCAUACGAAUGGACGAAUCAUUUUCCGUACAAAAUGUGGUUAUGAUCAAAUUUCGAAAUUAUGUUCAAUCGAUAAUAUUUUCACCGUUAUCUAUGACGAAUAUCAUCCACAUUUGAUCGAUAUGGAUCUCGAAACUCUUGAGCAACAAAUCUUCAUGUCUGUGAUUGAAAAAUGCGAUUGGAAAACUGGAAUUAGUGUAUGGAAAGAAGCGAUAAAAUUUACCGGAGAUAUUGAUGCUAUACUUGAUCCGGAUGAUAAAUCGGCAAUACCUUCAUUCCGAGCUUCAUGUAAUCGUAGUGGUGAGCAUAAAUUUACAUCCCAAGAUGCUGCACAUCGAUUCGGUGGCCUUAUCAAUGAUCGAUUUCAGUGGAAAGUUUCACUCAAACAAUAUGAUUUGGAAAUUGUGCUCAACAUCAAAGAUAAUUCGUUACGAAUAUCAUUGUGUUUGACGAAACAAUCGUUAUCCAAAAGGCAUAUCGUAUCGUUUGGCCUAACAACAUUACGAGGAACAAUUGCCUAUAAUCUCAUUCAAAUAGCCAAUGUACAACCCGGAGAAAUUGUCUGUGACCCAUUAUGUGGUUCAGGUGUCAUACCGAUUGAAUGUUCGAAAAAUUGGCAUGAAAAUUUUACCAUUGCUGCCGAUCUAUUUGAAACGGCUAUCGAUAAGACUCGAACCAAUUUCAAUGCAAAUGGUCUAUUUAAACGGGCUGAUCUAUCGAAAUGGGAUUCAACACAAUUACCAUUGAGAGACAAUACAAUCGAUGUAUUUGUUACUGAUCUUCCAUUCGGUAAACGAAUGGGAACCAAAAUGGAAAAUAGAAAAUUGUAUCCAUUGUUGAUAACUGAGAUGAUUCGAUGUGCCCGUUUAGGAUCGGCUCGAAUUGUCAUCCUAACUCAAGAUAAAUUGAAUGCCAACAAAACAAUCUACAAUCAAAUUACACAAAAAUAUUGUAAAUUCGAAAGAGCAUAUCAUGUAAAUGUUGGUGGUCUGAAUGCUUCAGUUUACUUAUUGAAACGAAAUGGACAAUCAUUUGACAAAUAAACAAAAUUUUUAAUUUUAUAAA